AUGAACACUGCCCUGUCCACCGUUCUGUUCGCACUUGUGUGCUGCACUGCUCUCGCCUGGUACCCCACCUACAACUACGGACAUGGUGCUGGUUACCAUGGAGUCGCUGGUCUCCACGGAAUCGGUGGUCUCCAUGGAGCCGCUGGUCUCCACGGACUCGCUGGCUAUGGUGGCCCCGUUUACGGACAUGCCGGUUAUGGUUACGGAUACCCAGGUUAUGGUUACGGAUACGGACACGGAUACGGUUACGGACACGGACACGGACUCGGAGCUGGACUUGGUUUCGCUGGACACGGACACGGGCUCGGAGCUGGACUUGGUUUCGCUGGACACGGACACGGACUUGGACUAGGCGUCCGUGGACUUGGUCUCGCUGGACACGGACACGGGCUAGGAGCUGGACUUGGUUUCGCUGGACACGGACACGGACUUGGAGCUGGACUUGGUCUCGCUGGACACGGACACGGAGCUGGACUUGGUUUCGCUGGACACGGACUUGGACUAGGCGUCCGUGGACUUGGUCUCGCUGGACACGGGCUCGGAGCUGGACUUGGUUUCGCUGGACACGGACACGGACUUGGACUAGGCGUCCGUGGACUUGGUUUCGCUGGACACGGACACGGACUUGGACUAGGCGUCCGUGGACUUGGUUUCGCUGGACACGGACACGGACACGGACACGGACUCGGAUUCGGAGCACGUGGACUUGGACUAGGCAUCCGUGGACUUGGAUUUGGAGGACGUGGAUUUGGAUUCGGAGGACGAGGUCUGGGAUACGGACACGCUCUGUACCACUGA